GUACGACAGUCAGUCAGAUCGCGUCCGCGACCGAGAUCUUGAGAAAAAUAAGCAUUUCACCAUCGUUUCUCUAUUAACAGUAAACAUUGUUAAUAAUUCAAGAAUAUGAUAAUGACAUAAAAAAGAGUGACAAUAAUUUAAAAUUAUUAUUUUUGUUCCAAUUCAUACAAAACGCCAAGUGAGAAGUGAAGUAUUAAGAAUGUUUUCAAUGAAAGUAAUAAAUUGCUGAAGAAGUUUAAUUGAAGAUGAACGAAACGUAAUAUUUAUCCUAAGGUGUGUGGUUGAGGGUGUGUGUGUGUCAUGAACCGCUACGCCCCUGUAAGAACCAACAUGGACAACGAGGACAACUAUAACAGGGACGGAGCAAACUCUAACCAUACAAAUCCGUAUGACCACCAUGAGCUAGAAACUGACGCACACUAUGAGGCACCUUCUUGUCUUAAACGCAACCCAUCAGGAUCUCUGUUUAUACCGUCGGGGUUAGCGGAUAGUCCUCCUAGCGAAUCCACUUUGCCGCUAGAAUCCAGGAUCAAACAUUCCGCUUAUUCUCCUCACCAUACACUCAGAGCAUACAGUCCACACGAGACAACAAGUUCAAGGCUUGAAAACCUCUACACAAACUCAUCGUCUGUUUACAAUGUUGGUUCCCUGGGAACUCGGUUAGGGAACACACUACUGAGUAGGGGUGGAGUAGGAGGCGGAGCUAGUCCAGCCCGCUCACCUAACACCGAGAAAUUUACAAAUCUAGACACAUCCAGGUCUAAUCAUCUUCCUAACUAUGGGUCCAGUGGUCAUCUAACAGUUUACCAUCCCUCUACACAUCCUCUACACAAUGGUACUGCUAAACGACCAAACUCCACUAGUCAGAGCUCAACCAGCUUCAGGCUGAAAUCUGAUUUGUCUGGAAGAUGUUCCUGGAAGUUUAUCGCCAUCUUCUUCAUGCUCUUCAGCUUCCUUCUUAUCUCAGCACUCAUAUACACCGCAGCUUCAAAUCUGAUAAUGCGUGGAGUAGGAGGACUGGAAAAUGCGCAAGCGUGCGCGGUUAUAGAAGACAACGCGGCGAAUGCGCUUGAUGGCAGAGAGGAUAUUCUUAAAUCAGAGUACGAUGCUCCUAAGAAGAACCUAGUUGCCUCCUUGCCUCCUGAAAGUUCAAGUUUUAAGGAGUUACCCUUAGGAGUCAAACUAGCACAGAUCCUACCACCUUACAAGUUUUGGAACUUCAAGCUACAGCAGUUAAACUCAGCGUAUAUAAAUUUCGGGUUUAAUAUACCAAGAGGAGCUUCCAUAGGAUUGUAUGCCAGACGGAAUGCUAUCCCUACGAUCACCACCAAUGAUAUCAGAGAUGUGCUGAAAGGAUUUCGCGAAAAGAGAUCGACUGAGUUGUCGCUGUCGAAGUCUCUAAGCUACUACCUGGAGGCCGGUCACUGGUUUAUCUCUCUCUACAACGACGACAGUGAACCUCGACAGAUUGAGUUAACCGCCAGUAUUCGACUUGACCUAAGCUCAGGGUGUCCCAAGGGAUGUGGAGGUCAUGGUGAUUGUGUGUCAGGCUCGUGUGUCUGUCACAAGGGUUUCGUUGGCCCGGACUGUAUGCAGAGUACGUGUCCAGUUUUGUGCAGUGGGAACGGUGAGUACAGAGAUGGAGCAUGUAACUGUUUCCCAGGCUGGAAGGGUGUUGAGUGCUCAAUCAGGCAUAAUGAAUGUGAGGUUCCUGACUGUAACAACCAUGGUGAAUGUCAGGCUGGAGUGUGUGUCUGUUCCCGUGGGUAUACAGGACUAUUCUGCCAACAAGUUGACUGUGCUGACCCAACCUGCUCAGGACGUGGUAAAUGUCUGCAUGGAGAAUGUCACUGUACCCGAGGUUGGACUGGAACUAGUUGUGAGAAGAAGGAAGUGCUCCAGGCGUGCCCGCAGACCUGCUCCCAACACGGGGUGUGGGAUAUACAGCUCGGGGUGUGCAGGUGUGAUCCAGGGUUCAUUGGAGUAGACUGCUCGAAAGAGCGCUGUAGCCUGGAUUGUGGCGAGCACGGCGAGUGCGAGGGAGGAUCCUGCUCCUGUGCGCCUGGUUGGAGUGGAGCGCGUUGUACUGUACGUGAAUGUGAUCCACGUUGCAGUGCGCACGGCAGUUGUUCCAACGGUACAUGUCUAUGCACAAACGGAUGGAAUGGAAAGCACUGUACUUUGGAAGGUUGUCCCGGUAACUGUGGAGGGCACGGUACAUGCAGUACAAGCUACGAGCUGGCCUGGGAGUGUAUGUGUGAGAGUGGUUGGUACGGUCCUGGGUGUGAUAUUCAGCUGGAGAAUAGCUGUGAUGACAGGAUCGAUAACGACAAAGAUGGGUUGGUUGACUGUGAGGACCCAGAGUGCUGUGAAUCUCCGGUCUGUGAACGAUCUCAACUUUGUCACACGGUUUCAUCUCCUAUAGAUAUAUUGCUCAGGAAGCAGCCUCCCGCAAUGACUGCACCGUUCUAUGAGCGAAUGCGAUUUAUAAUCGAAGAAAAUGGAUUACAAAGCUACGCGCAGAAGAUUGCAUUCAACGAAAGUGUCUAUUGGAGCAAAUUUAAACCCCGUCGGGCUGCUGUAGUGCGCGGUCAGGUGAUUACGCCAAGUGGAAUGGGACUGAUAGGGGUUCGAGUUUCGACGAACGGAGUCAACGAAGGGUUUACAAUGACGAGAGACGAUGGAUGGUUUGAUCUGAUGGUGAAUGGUGGAGGACCUGUCAUGCUCCAGUUUGGAAGGAAUCCUUACUCACCACUUAGGUUAUCCCUGUAUGUACCCUGGAAUGAAGUAAUGGUUCUAAGCCCUGUAAAACUGACACGGCGUGAGGUUCAUGUACAACUACCAGAGCUGUACAAUCCCAUCCCUACCUGUACACAACACGAUUACAACAAGAUGCAGCCGAUUGUCCAGACCUCCUGGCACUCCUACACCAGGGGCGGGUCCGGGACAGGGGCGGGGAUACUCUCGGAGUCCAGGGUUCUCCGGGAGUCCCUGGAGAUACCUGGAUCCAAUAUCAACCUUGUAUACACAUCUAGCAGAGCAAAGGGAUACUAUUCAAUAAUCCAGCUCCAGCUGACCCCUCAGAUACUACCUGAUGGUCUGACUAGAAUACAUCUUAUCAUCAGUAUUGAAGGUGUACAAGAGGAUAAGCUGUUUGAGGCUGAUCCUAACCUGCAGUACACUUACGCCUGGGAUAGGCUAAACGUGUACAGGCAGAGGGUUUAUGGAGUCACUACAGCAAACAUAAAGGUUGGAUAUGAGUAUAGUAGCUGUGACCUGGUCUGGAUAGCACUGACCACCAAGGUUGGAGGACAUGACAUGGUUCUAUCAGAUAUUGGAACCUGGAACCUGAAUGUACACCACAAGUACAACUAUCACGAAGGUAUCCUGCAGAAAGGAGAUGGAACCAACAUUUACUUGAAGUAUACUCCCCUUGUCGUCACUAAUUACAUGGGAACCGGUCAACCUAGGGAUGUCGACUGCUCUAACUGCAACGGACCCGUUGCCGGAAAAGCUCUCCUGUCGCCGAAAUCGAUCGCUGCCGGUCCCGAUGGUUCUGUGUUUAUCGUCGAUCAUAGUUUGGUUCGACGAAUUAGUCCCGAGGGAGAGGUGACAACACUCCUCCAGCUAAAUACAACCCGGACUGGAUACAGAAACCAUCUUGCACACCGUACAUACACCCAGGAGUUGGAACACAGACAGACACUGUACAUAGCUGUACCAGACCUGUACAUAAUCAUCAAGCUGAAGAGUGUAGAGAAACCUGGAAAUGUAGAGAGGAACUGGUCUCCUGCUAUUGGAUCUGGUGAACGUUGUCUACCUGGAGAUGUAGGAGAGUGUGGAGAUGGUGGGAAGGCAGAACUAGCUAAACUAUCCUAUCCUAAAGGAAUUGCUGUUGGACCAGAUGGCCGAGUGUAUAUAGCAGACGGGAACAAUAUCCGGGUAGUGGAUGAGUUUGGUAUAAUCUCUACCUUGGUGGGACACCAGAACCAUCGGUCAACCUGGAAACCUCUGCCCUGCUCCGGAGCCGUUCCCCUAGCUGACGUCCAGCUCAACUGGCCGACAGAUCUAGCGAUUAAUCCUCUGGACGGAACCCUCCAUUUUAUUGAUGAUAGUAUGGUACUGAGUCUAACUAAGGAUGGAAGGGUUCAGAUAGCUGCGGGUCGACCUCUACACUGCCAUCCUAGUCAGUAUCAGGAGGAUUCUCCACAAAGUUCUGCUCUUAUUGAACCUCAAUCCAUCAGUUUCAGUCCUAGGGGAGAGCUUUAUAUAGCAGAGAGCGAUUCUCAGAGGAUAAAUCGCGUGAGGAGAGUUGCGCAGAAUAAAAUUGAAACGAUUGGUGGAAAAAAUUCUAAUUGUAAUUGCCGAGAUUCUAACUGCAAGUGCUUUGAUCCUGACUCUCAUCUUGCGGCUUCCACAAGAUUUAGUGCUAUAAGUUCUAUUGCAGUUAGUCCUGAUGGGAAGCUUUAUAUUGCAGAUCAAGGAAACUUCAGGAUUAGAACUGUUGCAUCCCACAUGCCAACUAACGAGGAGGAGGAGGUCUUCGAGGUUCCAGACCCAGACAGUCAGGAGCUCUAUGUGUUCAACAGGUUUGGUCAGCAUAUUCUGACCAAGGACCUUCUCACAAAAUCUCUGAUCUACAGUAUGGAGUACAGUCAGACUACGUCUACGGGUAAGCUGGUGACUAUAGCGGACUCUAGCGGCAGAAAACUAACUAUUCUACGGGAUUACAGUGGACAGGUGACUGCACUACAAACAUCCAAUGGGCAAAAGCAUGCAGUUAAGGUGAAUAGAAUGGGAUACUUGGAAGCAUUUGAUACACCUGAAGGUUACAGUGCAGAGUUCCAUUAUGUCUCCACCACUGGGUUACUGCAGAGCAAACUAGACAGUCAAAACUAUGGAUAUAUGUUUAAAUACGACCAAUAUGGACGUUUGAUACAGAGUGUUUCCCCCUCAGGAGAGAUAACUUUCCUUACAUUUAAUUUAACUUCUCAUGGUGGAAACAUUCAGGUCGGUGAAACUGUUCUAAAUGUCAAUGAUAACAAAGUUAUUGAGCUCUCUCUGGACGGAUUAAGGAGAAAGGAAACCUCAAUUCUCUCUGAUAAAUCAGUUGAGGUUAAGAAUGGGGAGCGAAAACUAACCCUCGCAACUAUAACCCACCCGGUUAUCAGUCACAGUCAUCCCAUCAUUGGAGACAGCUAUCCUAUGAUCGGAGAAAUGCGGGUAGAGUCGGGUUCAAAUCUCAUUAGUAAGAUUGAUUGGGAAUUGAGUCUGCAGACAAGUGGACAUGACAAGCAACUACUCGGUAUCAAUAAGAAACUCAGAGUUAAUGGAGAAAACCUGCUUCUUGUUGCAUAUGACAAGCUGCAGAGAAGAGAGAUGCUCUACCUUCCUGACAAAACAGAACUUCUGGAGAUAAAAUAUGAUGAGAAUUCUCGGCCCAUCACCUGGGCCGCCCCGUCCCUCGGUCACGGUGGCUGGGCAACUGUAUCCCAGAGGUAUGACAGGUUUGGACACUUGGAACACUGGCAGAGAGGGGAAAUCCAGGAAAAUUAUUCAUACGACAAAAACGGACGUCUGGCCACAGUGAUCCGGGGUAAUGGAACCGUUCUAUCAUAUGAAUACAAAGAUCGGGAGACAAUACCAUUUAAAGUUAGAACAGGGAAUGGAGCAACUUUUCUCAUAGAUUAUGAGGGUAAAUCUGGUGCAGUAAAAUCCAUAACAACACCCCGAGGACAUAUUCACAGUUGGAAUAUUCUCCCCGAUAUCGGAAGUAUCCGCUGGAGCUAUAUUGCUCCCUGGAGCACACAACCCUAUUCAGUAAUUUUCAAUGUUCGCGGAUUUCUCCAAUCUGUGAAGUAUCCCGGAAAUGAGCAGGUUUCCUACAUCUAUACAAACUCAGGAGAGCUCCAAAGUAUAUUUGCUGGACAAACGGAGAUUGAGUUUACUCAGGAACCAGAAUCAGGACUCAUUGAAUCCAUUUUCAUCAGUCAGACAAACCUGGAUAUUCGUGAAAAAAGAAAAUAUCACAGUGAAUGGUUGAAGGAGCAGAAACUAAGGUUUGUUGGCAGUGUAGAUUUUGAGAAUGCUGUUAUCAAGUAUCAGUGGGACGGAACAGGACGCCCCGCUAAGGUCAGCUUCUCUUCCGGUUCCAAGAGAGAAAGAGCAGCUCCAGAGUGUACCUGGAGCUAUGAUCAGAAUGUUGGAACCCUCCAGGCUGUUGACAGUUUCCAGAUUAGAAAAUCUGGUUUCAAUAGAACAGAGAUUCAGGACCUGAAUGGAAACUUUAUGAAAAUCACGGAGCUGGAUGGAUAUGGAAAUAUUAAGAGGAUACUCUACAAAGUGAAGAGGCAACAAAUAUUUGGAUUUGAGUUCGAGUACAAUAAUGAAAACCUGCUCCAUCAUUCUUCCAUCAUUGAUGAGAACGGUAGAACGGAAAAGGUUAGCUAUUCCUACACAGUGGACCAACAGCUGGAUAAAUCCUGGGGAAAUACCAACUAUGAUUGUGAUUACGAUGAGAAUGGUAAUAUGAUAAUGCACAGCAAGGAUGCAAGGAGAGAUACUAUUAUCUAUGGACCAGGAGACAGGAUAGAGAGCUGUGGAAGCAUGAAGAUUGUUUAUGAUACGAGUGGAUUUGUGACGGCCAUAGACAAUGAGAGGUUCCUCUUCAACGCUCUCGGACAACUUACUGAAUACAUCAAUGAGAAUGAAAUCAAGGUUCGACACUACUAUGAUCAUCUGAACCGUCUGGUUGGUUGGACGGAUUCUGCAGGGGGUAGCUCACAAUACUUCUACACCAACCCUCUCCAUCCAUAUCAGAUUACUUACAUCAACAAUAAGAACGAAAAUACUCAGAAACUAACAUAUGAUAAUAACGGACAUUUGAUUCAGAUUGAGAGCACUGACAAGAUUAAUUAUGUUGCUUGUGAUCAAUUUGGGUCUCCAGUCCUUGUCUUCCAGCCAAAUGGAAAUGUAAUAAAGAGACUAAAAUACUCUCCCUUCGGGGCGGUGACGGAUGAUAGUAAUUCCAAUAUAUUCAUUCCUAUUGGUUUCCAAGGUAGGAUUGCAAGCAAACAUGGUAAAUUUCUGCUGGAAAAAGGACGGGUUUACAGCAGUAGAAUAAUCCAGUGGUUGAACCCGGACUGGUCUAACAUGUUGAACAAGAUCAUGACUCCGUCAGAUUUGUUUAUCUACAGAUUCAAGAAUAACAAUCCCAACAGGCCAGACGUAGGAACUGAGUAUUUGACCAGCAUGUCUAGCUGGGCCAAACUUUACGGAUUUGAUGUUGAGAAAAUAUUUCACGCUGCUAAAUCUAGAGUAGAGACUCAACCUGAACCCUUCCAUCAGCUUACCCUCACCUCGCUCUUCCCAGCUCACAAAAUCAUAUCGGAGACGGAUUCUCUAGUUGAUAAUGCUUUAGCUCAUCUUCAAGAUCUCUGCUUUAUCCACCCAGUUCCUGAAGUUGUUAACACAAGGCGGGUAGAACUAAUUCCUAAAUUCUUCAGUUCUCCUCCAAACUUUGGACGGGGUUUCCUCCUCUCCGUGAUCAACUCCGAUACAGCUCUGGUAAACCCUGUUGAGGUUCAGAACAGUGUAGUUCAGAAGAUAUUUGAGUCGGUUCUUAAUAACUCUAUAUACCUGGAUACUAGCUUCACAGACUCCAGUAAGUCAGUUUACUACUUUGUAAAGCCUAACUUAAACCGGUUUUCUCUUGACAGUGACACUGUCCGCCGUUUAGCAGGAGAAUUCACGGUCUCACACAAAGAAAUUGACAUCGGAAAAGAACUUAGCAUUGUAAACGACAAGUUCGAAGUCCGAGUUCUCUAUGGAAAUCUGCCAACAGUAUACAGAGCAGAGCUCCUGAAAACCUUCUCAGGUUUAGCGAUCAACAAGGCCUGGAUUCGGGAGAAGGAGAUCAUCAAACGUGGUUUCUCCGGUACCGGAGAUUGGAGCCCGUCCGAGAUUGCCGAAUUACUCAGAUCCGGUAUGGUUCGAGGAUUCGAGGUCACAGAAAUACAAUCUAUUGACAAGUUUCCAUUCCUAGCUCUUGACCCAACCAAUCGCGAGUUUAAUAAAUUCGGCCAACGAGGCCGAAAGAAUCGUCACAGACGAAAGCAUCAAGAUUAGAUUUAGAAAUUCCCCGAAGUGAGAGAGGAAAGAAACAAUAGUGCUACCAAAGUUUUUAUACUGUAAACCCUAUUUAUUAUACAUGAAGAAGAUCGAACACUUUAUCUUUACCCCAACUGUGUUUGUGAAGAAAGAUUAAAAUGGUGGACAACCAUGUCCUGUCCUAGUCAUAUCACAAGACUACAUCAAGAUUAUUUAUAUAUGAAGAUUAAAGACGACCCUUCUAGAGGGUCUGCUUGAAAACCCCCGCCAUGAAAUGAAUAGUUGUGCAUUUUAUUUAUGAAAUUUUGUGCUUAAUAGAUACAGGGUGUAGACAACAGUUAGGACAGCUGUUUAAACAGAAAAGUGACGAGCUGUUCCAAUUUUAUGUAAACAAUUGGGACAACUAGUAGAUAUAGUUGGGACAGCUGUUAUUUCUCCCAAUACAGUUAAUAGAUGUUAUGUUUCACCUAAACUUUGGUAUAGUAAAUACUUGUUGUACACUUUUUUAAAAUGUUUUUGUUUUCCGGCAACCAAUGCAAAAUGAAAUAGCUUUUAAUUGAAUGUUGAUUACCAGGGAGGGUUAACAUUGUAAAUCCUAUCCUUUAGCUACCAUAAUCAUAUAUGUUGUUAAAAUGUCGUCAUAAAUGCAUUAUUUUGCAUAAAAACCUGUUUUUCAUUUAUUCUUUCUCAAAUCUACUCUUCUAAGUUGAAAGCACAAAAUGUGUUUAAGGUGAUCGGAUAUCUUAAACACCAUUUUCAUCCGUUUAAAAUAUUCAUUUUAAAAAGCUCAAAUUUAUACAGUUGAUGAAUUUGUAAUGAAAUAUCUAGAAAAGAAUAAGGUUACUUGUUCAACGUAACCCCCCCCUCCCCCUCCUUA